UUUGCAACGCCGAGGGUAGACGUUGAUGAAAAGCUUUGAGGACCAAUCACAGCGACGCGGAGGUGGGAGCAACGGAAGUGAAAGGUCGAGCGGAAGUUCCCGGGGCUUCCGGUAGCCGGCUUGGGAAGGCGUUAUGGCAAAACACCAUCCGGAUUUGAUCUUCUGCCGCAAGCAGGCUGGCGUUGCUAUCGGAAGAUUGUGUGAAAAAUGUGAUGGCAAAUGUGUGAUCUGUGACUCCUAUGUGCGGCCCUGCACCCUGGUGCGCAUAUGUGAUGAGUGUAACUAUGGAUCUUACCAGGGCCGCUGUGUGAUCUGUGGUGGCCCUGGAGUCUCAGAUGCCUAUUAUUGUAAAGAGUGCACCAUUCAGGAGAAGGACAGAGAUGGUUGCCCAAAGAUUGUCAAUUUGGGGAGCUCCAAGACAGAUCUGUUCUAUGAACGCAAAAAAUACGGCUUCAAGAAGAGGUGAUUGAUGGGAGGCUCCUUUCUCCUGCCAUCAAGCUGCUGCAGCUGCCAGAAAAAAACGCCUACUACUACCAGCAGAAAGGGAGCCGAGCCUGGAGAGUUACCAGAAGCUCCUGCUCCUGCAUUGGCCCCUUGCCACCCUUUUUUUCCCUCGUCCAGGUGGGUGGGGAUCGAAAAGGAUUCUUCGUAAAGCACUCUGGCCGACUGUUCCAAGAAAAACUGAUAGCUUAGUUCCUAAUUUGUUUUUGAAUUUGAGAAGCAAGACUCUGCUGUUCACAUUAAUAUGUUCUUUCUAUACCAAGAGCUUAACAGAAAUAAUAUCCUUCCAGCCUUCUGUCUGAGUUGUUGACUGUGAUGCCAUCCCCAGCGAAAAGUGUGUCCUUGCAGCAGCUCUGAUGGCAGUUGUCCUCAAUGACCCUCUGGCAGGGAGCCACCAGAACGAUAAACGUGAUGUGAAUAUGUAGUCUUAAAAAGCUUGCCAGAUGGUGCAGGGUUCAUGUUCUUUCCCUUCGAGAAAUUGGAAACUUUCUGUUGUUGCUAUUGUUUUAAUAAAGUUGGUGUUUAUUUUCUGGUA